GUCGCUCUGCGGGCGAGGUGGUACGCAGAGAGGAGUAGCGAUCGUUUGGACUGAUCUUCAGGGCGGUAUAUAAAAGUGAACGGGGCCCCAGGGAUCAGAGGCCAUCUUCUUGAAAAGUGCCACAACGGUUGGGACAAGGGGGGAAAAGCCAGCCACCACACUUCAGGAUGCAGGCCCUCUGCAUCGCCGUCAUCUUGGGCCUGGCCAACAAUGUCUUCGCGGGCUUUCUGCACGGUGGUGGCGCCGCCAUCCUCCAGCCUGCCGCCCCCACCGGAGUAGCCGUCGGAACAGCCUACCCGGCGAACCUGGCAUACAGGCCUGCCCGCGCUGCCCAGUUGGUGCAACAAGCAGCGCGCCCUGUCACAGUAGCGAGACCUGCCGUGUCUGUAGCCACUGCCCCGGCUGCAACUGUCACUUACCAGCAGCCGGCACAGGUCGCCUUCCGCGGCCUCUUGGGCGGCGCCGCACCGGCGGCCACUUUCCUCAGCCAUGCACCGGCUGUGACUCAGGUGCGACGGGCUUUCGUCCAGCAGGCUCCCGUAAGAGUCAACGUAGUGCAGCCGGUGUCCUACGCAGCGCAGGCUCCAUUCCCGGCCGUGGGUCAGACCUUGAUCGGACCGGCACCAGGAGGAGGCGUCCACGUGAAGCACAUUGUUCCCGCCACCACGGCGCAACAGCCAUUCAGACAGUACGUAGCUGCUGCUCCUGCCCCUGCAGCGGUUGUCCAGCAGGCGCCCGUACACGUCAAGCACAUCGUAUCGGCGCCUGCGCCCACAUUUGUGCAACAGGCACCUGUUGUGAGACAGGUCGCCGUCGCCGCACCAACGACAACGUUCGUCCAACAAACUCCCGUCCUUCGACAAGUAGCUGUGCCGGCUCCUGCUGUUGUGCACCAGCCUCCGGUGCACGUAAAACAAGUAUUCUCCGCUCCGGCUCCCGCAGCCUUCGUUCAAUCAGUCCCGCUCGCGAGACAGUUCGCCGUGCAGGCACCGACUCGGGCUUUGCUUCAGCAAGCGCCCGUGCACAUCAAGCAUAUCGUCCAAGCCCCUGCUCCAGCUGUCGUCCAACACGCCGCACCUGUCUUUAGUGCUCCUCGUGUGACCGUUGCGGCAGCUCAACAUCCGGCCUUCGGAUUCCGUCAGGUGACUGUCCCAGGUCCAGCAGUUUCCUACCGCACUGCUGCCGCAGCUGCUCCUGUAGCUACUUUCGGAGCGGGUCUCGGUUUCGGUCACACUAUCGCCGCAGCUCCGGCGCAAGUGCAUGUCAAGCAGCUCGUGUCUGCUCCAGUGGCUCCAGCAGCCACAACUUUCGUACAGCAAGCACCAGCCGUUAGCGUGCGGCAUUUGGCAGUGGCUGCACCAGCGGCACCUGCGUUUGCUCCUAGAGUAACAGUCGCCGCACCAGCGCCCACACUAGUCCAGCCGGCUCUUCCAGCAUUUGCGGCUCCUCGCGUAACCGUGACUGCGCAAGCGCCUGUUCACUAUAAGCAGUUCGUGUCCGCUCCCGCACCCACUGCGACCGUAGUUCAGCACGCUGCACCAGCGCUCUCCUAUCGCACCGCAGCGGUAGCAGCCCCAGUGGCCACAUUUGGAGCUGGUCUAGGUUUCGGUCACACACUCGCCGCUCCUGCAGUCGUUCAUCACGCCGCGCCAGCUCUUAGUGUUGCGGCUCCCACCCCGCCAGCUUUCCGUCCACUUGCCCUUCCCGCUCCCACUGUAUUGCAGCACGCCGCACCUGCUGUCGCUUACCGCUCCGCCGCUGUUGCCGCUCCUCUGGCAACAUUCGGAGCUGGCCUCGGAUUCGGUCACACACUUGCUGCUCCUGCUCUGGCCGCUCCGGCACCCGUGCAUGUUAGGCAGUUCCUGUCGGCCCAACAUCAAACUGUUGUCCAUCACGCAGCCUCUGCGUUCGCCACUCCUAGAUAUUCGGUAGCUGCUCCAGCACCCACUGUUCUUCAACAAGCUGCGCCAGUGUUCACUCCACCACGCGUUGCAGUAGCUGCCCCAGCACCGGCUGUUAUCCACCACGCAGCUCCCACUGUUGCCUACCGCAGUGCUGCCCUCGCUGCUCCUGUAGCGACCUUCGGAGCUGGUCUCGGCUUCGGCCACACUCUCGCCGCUCCAGCGCUCCCCGCUACAGCACCCGUGCAUGUUAAGCAAUUCGUCUCUGCUCCCGCACCAACAGUUGUUCACCACGCAGCUCCCGCGUACACUGCUCCUCGGUUCACAGUAGCGGCACCAGCUGCACCUGUAUUUGCCGUUCCGAGAGUUAGAGUCACCGCUCCCACCUCGGCGGUGGUCCAUCAUUCCGCUCCUGCUGUUGCUUACCGCAGUGCUGCGCUCGCCGCUCCCGUGGCGACCUUUGGAGCUGGUCUCGGCUUCGGCCACACCCUAGCUGCUCCGGCGUUCACAGCCCCCGCGCCCGUGCAUGUUAGGCAGUUCGUAUCUGCUCCCGUGCCAGCGGUUGUUCACCAUGCUGCACCUAGAUUCGCAGCCCCAGCCGCACCUGUAUUUGCAGCCCCGCGUGUAACGGUCACCGCACCAGCGCCAGCAGUUCUCCAUCACGCUGCUCCCGCCGUCGCCUACCGUACUGCGGCACUUGCCGCUCCAGUAGCCAUGUUUGGAGCGGGUCUCGGUUUCGGCCACACCCUCGCUGCUCCAGCGUUCGCAGCCCCAGCGCCCGUGCAUGUUAAGCAGUUCGUGUCAGCCCCUGCGCCAACAGUUGUUCAUCAUGCCACUCCCGCAUACGCAGCUCCUCGUUUCACAGUAGCGGCACCGGCUGCGCCUGUUUAUGCCACUGCGCGUGUUCCAGUCGCCGCGCCAGUCCCCACUGUGGUCCAUCACGCUGCCCCCGCUGUUGCUUACCGUACUGCUGCACAUACCGCUCCUGUAGCGACCUUCGGAGCGGGUCUCGGCUUCGGUCACACUCUUGCAGCUCCAGCGUUGAGAGCGCCCGCGCAAGUGAAUGUUAGGCAUUUCGUGUCUGCUCCCGCUCCAGCGGUUGUUCACCAUGCCACUCCCGCAUACACUGCUCCUCGUUUUACAGUAGCGGCACCGGCUGCGCCUGUAUUUGCCGCUCCACGUGUUACAGUCGCUGCACCAGCCCCCACUGUGGUUCAUCACGCAGCCCCAGCUGUUGCGUACCGUACAGCUGCACUUGCCACUCCAGUACCGACGCUCGGAGCGCGUCUCGGCUCCGGCCACACCCUCGCUGCACCAGCCUUCGUAGCCCCAGCGCCCGUGCAUGUUAAGCAGUUCGUGUCAGCCCCUGCGCCAAACACCCCUGCCGCGCCUGUAUUCACUGCCCCGCGCGUAACUGUCACCGCGCCAGCACCAGCAGUUGUCCAUCACGCCGCCCCCGCCGUCGCUUAUCGUACUGCGGCUCUUGCCGCUCCAGUAGCCAUGUUUGGCGCAGGUCUCGGCUUCGGCCACACCCUCGCUGCUCCGGCGUUCGCAGCCCCAGCACCCGUGCAGGUUAGACAGGUCGUGGCUGCUCCCGCUCCAGCGGUCGUUCACCAUGCUGCACCUACAUUUGCAGCCCCUGCCGCGCCUGUAUUCACUGCCCCGCGCGUAACUGUCACCGCGCCAGCACCAGCAGUUGUCCAUCACGCCGCCCCCGCCGUCGCUUAUCGUACUGCGGCUCUUGCUGCUCCAGUAGCCAUGUUUGGCGCAGGUCUCGGCUUCGGCCACACCCUCGCUGCUCCAGCGUUCGCAGCCCCAGCACCCGUGCAGGUUAGACAGGUCGUGGCUGCUCCCGCUCCAGCGGUCGUUCACCAUGCUGCACCUACAUUUGCAGCCCCUGCCGCGCCUGUAUUCACUGCCCCGCGCGUAACUGUCACCGCGCCAGCACCAGCAGUUGUCCAUCACGCCGCCCCCGCCGUCGCUUAUCGUACUGCGGCUCUUGCUGCUCCAGUAGCCAUGUUUGGCGCAGGUCUCGGCUUCGGCCACACCCUCGCUGCUCCGGCGUUCGCAGCCCCAGCACCCGUGCAGCACCAGCAGUUGUCCAUCACGCCGCCCCCGCCGUCGCUUAUCGCACUGCGUGCUCUUGAUGCUCCAGGAGCCCAUGUUGGCGCAGGGUCUCGGCUUCGGCCACACCUCGCGCUCCAGGCGUUUGCAGCACCAGCAACCGUGCAGUUAGACAGGUCGUGGAUGCCCCCGCUCCAGCGGUCGUUUCCCAUGCUGCACCUACAUUUGCAGCCCCUGCUGCCGCCUGAUUCAUGCCCCGAGCUUAACUGUCAACCGCCGCCAGCACCAGCAGUUGAAAUCACGCCGCCCCCGCCGCGCUUAUCGCUCGGCUUCGGUCACACCCUCGGCUGCUCCAGCGUUCGCAGCCCCAGCGCACGUGAGCCCUGCCAGCCUGUAUCACUGCCCGAGCGUACGGUCACGGCCAGCACAGCAGUUGUCCAUCACGCCGCCCCCGCCGUCCACAGGGUCUGUCAGUCACUUGUCCUGCUCCAGGCCACGGCUGUCGUCCAGCAGGCUCCACUCGUUAGGCAAAUUGUAGCAGCUCCUGCACGUGCAGUUGUACACCAUGCUCCCGCUGCACCUGUAUUCAGUGUGCCACAAGUCACUGUAGCCGCUCCCGCUCCGGCUGUUGUCCACCACGCCGCUCCCGCCGUCUCGUACCGUACCGCGGCUUUGGCAGCACCUUUGGCAACAUUCGGUGCGGGUCUCGGCUUUGGCCACACUCUGGCAGCGCCUGCCUUUGCAGCAUCACCUGCUUCCUUGCAUGUAAAACAGUUCUUGUCGGCUCCGGCACCAGCUGCCACUGUCGUUCGACAGGCACCUGUAUUCUCUGCGCCCCAGUUAACUGUUGCCGCGGCCCCAGCUGUCGUCCACCAAGCCACUCCAGCUGUGGUCCAGUCGGCGGCUCCCGCUGUAGCGUACCGUACGGCCGCCUUGUCCGCUCCACUAGCUACCUUCGGUGCAGGUCUCGGAUUCGGGAACAGAGCCGAUUCUGCCGCAGCUGUAGUCCACCACGCCUCCACCGUCACAGCUCCCGUGCCUCAGGUUGAGCACAUCGUAUCCGCUCCCGCUCCUUCCGUGUACGCUGCGCCGGCAGUAGCUCAAGCUCCAGCCAUUUCCGUAGCACAUGCUCCUGCUCCAGCUGUUGUGCAGGCCGCUCCCGUCGUCCACCACGUGAAACAGUUUGUGUCAGCGCCGGCAGUCGCUGCUACUGCUCGAGCAUUCGCAGCGGCGCCCACCCUAGUCCACGCCGCUCCGGCAGCUAACCUAGUCGCCUACCGCACUGCCGCCCUUGGCGCUCCGCUCGCCACCUACGGAGCGGGUAUCGGUUUGGGGCACACACUCGCCGCUCCCGCGGUACCUCACAUCAAGCACAUCAUCUCCGCUCCGGCUGCCGCACCUGCUGCAGUCGUUCACCAAGCUCCAGUGGUCCAGCAGUCGCACGCUGAAGCUCCAGCGACAUUUGUUCAGCAGACUCCCUUCGUACAGGCAGCGCCCAGUGUAGUUGCCUACCGCCAAGCCGCCCUCACGGCACCGUUGAACAUGUUCGGAGCUGGUCUCGGGUUCGGACACACUUUCGCUGCUCCCUCUACUGGCGCCGCCUUGUUUCACCAUGCCACUCCAGCCGUCCAUCACGUGAAGAACAUCAUCGCCGCUGCUCCGGCAUUCGCUCCAGCAGCGCCAGCCGUCGCCGUAGCCCACGCCCCGGCGCCGGCUGUAGUACAACAUGUUGCCGCCGCCGCUCCUCAGGUCGUCGCAUACAAGACGGCCGCCGUGUCGGCUCCAGUGGCCACUUUCGGAACCGGCCUAAGCUUCGGACACACCCUGGGAGCUCCCGCCUUCCUGCAAGCCCCUGCUUCUGUUCCUCACGUCAAGACCAUCGUUCAGCAUGCUCCGGCAGCCGCAGUCCAGCAGGCUGCGCCCGUGACCGUAGUCCAGGAGCAGCCCACACUGGUCCAUGACGCGGCUCCGGCCACUGUUGCCGUUCAUCACGCUGCCCCUGCUGCGGCUGUGGUGCAUCACGCCACUCCAGCUGCGGCUGUGGUGCAUCACGCCACUCCAGCUGCGGCCGUCGUCGACCCGCUAUCGCUUGAUCUCAGUUACAAGAAGCUAUUCGCUGCUGGUCUUGGUAUGGGUCAGACCAUCUCGUACGGCAACGGCCUGGAUGAGGAGCCCGGUUGGGAGACCAAGUACAUUGAGCUUCUUCGCAAGAGGAAGAAGUGAGCGGUGCCUUUUUUGCGCUGCUUCUUGAAGACUGAUAUAUUUGUUACGAGAUGACGUUGUUGAAAUAGAAAUAAAGUUGUACAGACCG